AUGGAGGCUACGAGGCGUAGCAGCCGAGGUCGCGAGUUAAAGCGCGUCGCGUUCGACGACGAGGAGCCGCUCAGCCCGCGCGCCGUUCCCGCUAGAUCCAAGCCGCGCCUAGCGCCCGCCGCGCGCGCGCACUCCGCCAGAAGCUCACAUGUCGCCGUGAUGAGCGGCGCGACUGGCGGUGCCGCCACGCCACCAUUGUCCGGGAUGACGACGGCAAAAGCAGCGCCAAAUCCGCCUUCAGUUGGAAUGGCGGCGGGAACCGCGGUGAUCGGAGCAGCAGAUCCUGUAAGCAGCGCCGCUGGCGCCGCAGCGGGCGGCGGAAUUAGCGGCGGAUUAGCGGUCGCCGCCGUUAGGUCAGGAAGGCGCCAGAAAACACGAGGAAGGUUCGUGGCAGCUGCUGUUACAGGAGGUCUGCCCGAGGGCGAAAUUCCUAAUAGCCAGCUGGCUAAUAACGAGGUGGCAACUAACGCCGCGCACAAUAUUACAAACUCUCAUGCAGCGGCCCUGGAGGCGCGUGAGGGGCCUCUGCAAGCAGACGACAGGAGGGGGGAGCACCUAAGGAUGGUUGAGGCGCCUCUAGAGCCAGCUUGUGCGGGACCGCUUCACCUGGUCGUUAGCGGGAUAGCGGGGAGGAAAAAGCGCGGAGCAGCAGAGGCGUGGGAAGCGCGGAUGCAGGGGGCAGGGGAGGGGGAAGAGGGGGAUGGGGAGGAGGAGGUGGUGGAGGUGGAUGGGGAAGAUGUGGGGGCGGGCGCUUUAGAAGAUCUGGAGAUGCGGAGGAGCGGUGGUGCAGGUGCGGGUGCUGACAGAGGAAUUGUGGAGAAUGGUGUUGGGAGCACAACUGGGGGGAAUGCUGAGAAUGCAGGUGCAGGUGCAGCUGAGAAUGCUACUGCAGGGGAUGUCAAGGGGAUGGGUGAAGGGGUUUUGGAUGCACCUCAAAAGGGAGCUGACACGGGUGUUGAAAAGGGAGAUGAUCAUAAGGGGACCGGUGAGGGGGUUGGUGCACUGUGUGUUGAGGGGAAGGAGAGGGAUGUGGCUGUGAGUGGGGGAGAAGAGAGCGGGGCAGGAUUGGCAGGAGAAGCAGCAGAGGCUGGGAGAGGGGCAGUAGAUGCACUGGCACUGGCAGCUGGAGAUGUUUCUGAUGUUGCCGUACAGGAUGUUGCCGUACAGGAUGUUGCCGUACAGGAUGUUGCCGUAGAUGAUAAGGGAAGUGGUGGGGGGUUUGGCGCACUGUGCGUGGAGAAGAAGGCAAGGGACGAGGGGCAGACUGGGGGAGAAGGCGAAGGGAAAGCGGUUGGCGGAGGGGAAAAUAUUGGGGCAGGGGAGGAGAUGGGAGGAGUGAGAGCAUUAAGCACGGUGGGGUUCACGGGGCAAGGGCAGGCGGUGGUGCUGGUGGAAGGCAGCCACAUACUGCUACGCAUUGACACCUCUUUCCAGGUACCAGAUUGCAGUGUGCUCCCUGUUCUUUCCCCUUUCUGCCCUGUCCAUCCUCCUUGUCCGUCCCCCUUUCUGCCCGCCUGUGUGACAGGGACACCCAGAGAGAGCUUCUUCUGCUCCCUGCACCACACCCACGACCACACCUCCCCACCGCAGCACACCCCAGCAGACCACACCUUUGUACAGCACACUCACUCAGACAACGCCGAGGGCAAUCAGAAAGAGGACAACGGCAAGUCGCAUGAGGGAGUUCUUGAAGCACCACGUGGCGGGCUGAGAUUGGUGGACUCCAGCGUGCCUCCCUUCCUUCCCAUCAGCCAGUUAGAGCAAGACUUCCUGCCACGUCAGCCUGAGCUCUUUGCAUCACAUUUGGCUCAUCUCCUUGAUGCCUUCGUCUCACGAAGGGGGCAGUUAGAGCAGGCCUGUGAGGCCCACAGCGCGCAUGUGCUUCAGCUGUACCACAACCCUGCACACACACGCGCCCUCCUCUACCUCACUGCUGCUUCCUGCCAUCUCUCCAUCCGCCUCACCUACGCUCUCUCUUCCUCCCUCCCCUCCCACGUCACUGUCAUGGCGUGGCCCUGCACCCCCCUCGCCCUCUCCCUUCUCCAAUCCAAACGAGCCACCGCUUCUGCUGUCAAUGCGUCCGAUGCCGCUGCCAGUGCUGCGGCUGCAGCAUCAGGGCCUUUGCCGCAACACUCCCACAAGCGGAAAGCAGGGGAAGGAGGGCCUGGGGGAGGAAGCGGCCCGCAUGCAAGGUCCCACAAGGCAAGCAAGUCGGGCAAGUCAGGCAGGGGGAGCAAGUCGCGGCGCAAGAAGGGGCAGCGGGCUCGAUGGUACCGUGCCAAGAGCUAUCGGGUGAACAACCAGGGGGGAGGGCAGGUUGUGCAGGGGGGAGCGGGGCAGGAGGGAGCAGCGCAGGGGGGUGAAGGGGAAGAAGGGGGAGAAGGGCAGGGGGAAGAAGGACAGGGGGUAGCAGAGCAGGGGGGAGCACCGCAGGGGGAGUGGGUUGAUGGUGGGGAUGCUUCUGUUGGAGAGGAGGUGGAUGAGCGGGUGCAAGGCACAGAGGUGGAUGAGCGGGUGCAAGGCACAGAGGUGGAUGAGCGGGUGCAAGGCACAGAGGUGGAGGGGGAGGUGAAGAGUGGGGAGGAGGGGGAGGGGCUGACAAGUGCGGAGGGGGAGCAGGAGGGGAGGGUUGAGUUGACUCGAGGGGCAGUGGAGGCAAAAGUUGUUAUUGAGGCGCCUAAGAAAUCGUCUCACGAGGUAGCAGAGGCGGAGGUUGUGGAAGGGGAGGGAAUGAGCGGGAAGAGUGUUCUGAUGGAGGAAGUCGGGGUGCGAGAGAUGGAUGUGGGAGGACUAGGAGGAGAGGGGGAAGAAAGAGUGGAUGAGCGAAACGGAGGGGAGGGUGAGGAGGGCAGAUGUGGAGGAGGAGGGGCUGUGUUGGUGGUUGGGGAAGCAGCAGCAGAUGAAACGAUGAUGGCAGCAGCGGCAGGGGUUCUGACCGCUGAAAGGCAACUGGAGCCACCGCCCUUGUCCGCGGCACCAACAUCAACACCACGAGCGACAGCCAAAUCAGCAGCAGCAACAACAGCAGGAGCUGUGAUUGCACCUGGAGGGCUCAAGGAGGAGAGAGUGAUGAGGGACGAGGCAGGAGUUGCAGAGAUAGGGAGCGAGGAGGGUGCUGGCUUGGCAGCUGAUACUGCUGUUGAGACUGCUAGUCAUGCUGCUGCUGCUGGUGCUAUCAGAUUGGAAGGGCUCAAGGAGGAGGGAAUGAUGAAGGAAGAGGCAGGAGUUGCAGAGAUAGGGAGCAAGGAGAGUGCUGGUUUGGCAGCUGAUACUGCUGUUGACACUGGUGUUACUGCUGCCGGUGAUAAUGCUGCAGCUGGUGUGGGUCACUCACGUGGGACAGAGCAGCAAAAGGGGCAGCACCGAAGCAUGGCUUUUGAGGAUACAGGGAGAGGAGGGCAGGAGGAAGGGAGGACGGGAGAGCAGGAUGCAGCUGCGGCAGAAAAUAUGGUAGGUGUAGUUGGAGAAGCUUGUAUGGGGGACAAGAUGGUAGCGGAGGGUGUUGAGGGUGCAAGGUCUGUCAAAGGGGAGGGAAGGGAGGAAAGGGUGGUGGAGGGUGUGAGUGGGCUGGAGGGUGGGCGAGGAGGGGUGGGAAUGGAAGGAGGUAAGGGCAUGAAUGGUAUGGAGGGAAAGGAUGACAUUGGUAUGGAGGGAAAGGAUGGUAGUAUGGCACUGGGCAUGGGUGUGGAUGGUGACAGGACGCACAUGGCAUGGGAAGGAGGGGGGACGGAGGAGAAGAGGAAGAUAAAAGAUGAGGCGGGGCAGGCAGAGGUGGGGCAGGCAGAGGUGGGGCAGGCAGAGGUGGGGCAGGCAGAGGAGGAGAGGAGGAAGGGGGACGAGAGGACUGAGGGGUGCAGCAGAGGCGGGGGUGGGAAGGCGAAGGAGGCACCGGCAGCAGCAAGAGGUGUGGCAGUAGCUGUAGCUUCAGAAUCUGAACUGGCAGUCCCAGCAGCAGCAGCUGCAGCGGCAGAAGCUGCUGCAGUGGCAGGAGUGGGCAUAGACUGCACAGGAGGCACAGAAGAUGCACAAGGGACGGAAAGGGCAGAAGGCGAAGAGAGAGCAGAAGAGGGCUCGCGGACAAGCAUGGGGAGGGAAGAUGGGCGCAUGGCAGAUGAGGCAAAUGUGGCUGUGAAUGUAGCGGAUGUUACUGGGGGGAAAGAGGGUGCUGCUGCCAUGCAUGCUCCAUGUGGGGGCGAUGGCAUGCAUACAAGCAUGGAAGGCGUGGACAUGCAUGCACGCUUGGAAGGCGCAGCUACGGGUGGUGACAGGGAGACGCGUGAGGAGACGCGUGAGGAGACGCGUGAGGAGACGCGUGAGGAGACGCGUGAGGAGACGCGUGAGGAGACGCGUGAGGAGACGCGUGAGGAGACGCGUGAGGAGACGCGUGAGGAGACGCGUGAGGAGACGCGUGAGGAGACGCGUGAGGAGACGCGUGAGGAGACGCGUGAGGAGACGCGUGAGGAGACGCGUGAGGAGACGCGUGAGGAGACGCGUGAGGAGACGCGUGAGGAGACGCGUGAGGAGACGCGUGAGGAGACGCGUGAGGAGACGCGUGAGGAGACGCGUGAGGAGACGCGUGAGGAGACGCGUGAGGAGACGCGUGAGGAGACGCGUGAGGAGACGCGUGAGGAGACGCGUGAGGAGACGCGUGAGGAGACGCGUGAGGAGACGCGUGAGGAGACGCGUGAGGAGACGCGUGAGGAGACGCGUGAGGAGACGCGUGAGGAGACGCGUGAGGAGACGCGUGAGGAGACGCGUGAGGAGACGCGUGAGGAGACGCGUGAGGAGACGCGUGAGGAGACGCGUGAGGAGACGCGUGAGGAGACGCGUGAGGAGACGCGUGAGGAGACGCGUGAGGAGACGCGUGAGGAGACGCGUGAGGAGACGCGUGAGGAGACGCGUGAGGAGACGCGAGUACGCUGUGAGGAGACGCGUGAGGAGACGCGUGAGGAGACGCGUGAGGAGACGCGUGAGGAGACGCGUGAGGAGACGCGUGAGGAGACGCGUGAGGAGACGCGUGAGGAGACGCGUGAGGAGACGCGUGAGGAGACGCGUGAGGAGACGCGUGAGGAGACGCGUGAGGAGACGCGUGAGGAGACGCGUGAGGAGACGCGUGAGGAGACGCGUGAGGAGACGCGUGAGGAGACGCGUGAGGAGACGCGUGAGGAGACGCGUGAGGAGACGCGUGAGGAGACGCGUGAGGAGACGCGUGAGGAGACGCGUGAGGAGACGCGUGAGGAGACGCGUGAGGAGACGCGUGAGGAGACGCGUGAGGAGACGCGUGAGGAGACGCGUGAGGAGACGCGUGAGGAGACGCGUGAGGAGACGCGUGAGGAGACGCGUGAGGAGACGCGUGAGGAGACGCGUGAGGAGACGCGUGAGGAGACGCGUGAGGCGACGCGUGAGGAGACGCGUGAGGAGACGCGUGAGGAGACGCGUGAGGAGACGGUGAGGAGACGAGUGAGGAGACGCGUGAGGAGACGCCGUGAGGAGACGCGUGAGGAGACGCGUGAGGAGACGCACGCGUUUGAGGAGACGCGUGAGGAGACGCGUGAGGAGACGCGUGAGGAGACGCGUGAGGAGACGCGUGAGGAGACGCGUGAGGAGACGCGUGAGGAGACGCGUGAGGAGACGCGUGAGGAGACGCGUGAGGAGACGCGUGAGGAGACGCGUGAGGAGACGCGUGAGGAGACGCGUGAGGAGACGCGUGAGGAGACGCGUGAGGAGACGCGUGAGGAGACGCGUGAGGAGACGCGUGAGGAGACGCGUGAGGAGACGCGUGAGGAGACGCGUGAGGAGACGCGUGAGGAGACGCGUGAGGAGACGCGUGAGGAGACGCGUGAGGAGACGCGUGAGGAGACGCGUGAGGAGACGCGUGAGGAGACGCGUGAGGAGACGCGUGAGGAGACGCGUGAGGAGACGCGUGAGGAGACGCGUGAGGAGACGCGUGAGGAGACGCGUGAGGAGACGCGUGAGGAGACGCGUGAGGAGACGCGUGAGGAGACGCGUGAGGAGACGCGUGAGGAGACGCGUGAGGAGACGCGUGAGGAGACGCGUGAGGAGACGCGUGAGGAGACGCGUGAGGAGACGCGUGAGGAGACGCGUGAGGAGACGCGUGAGGAGACGCGUGAGGAGACGCGUGAGGAGACGCGUGAGGAGACGCGUGAGGAGACGCGUGAGGAGACGCGUGAGGAGACGCGUGAGGAGACGCGUGAGGAGACGCGUGAGGAGACGCGUGAGGAGACGCGUGAGGAGACGCGUGAGGAGACGCGUGAGGAGACGCGUGAGGAGACGCGUGAGGAGACGCGUGAGGAGACGCGUGAGGAGACGCGUGAGGAGACGCGUGAGGAGACGCGUGAGGAGACGCGUGAGGAGACGCGUGAGGAGACGCGUGAGGAGACGCGUGAGGAGACGCGUGAGGAGACGCGUGAGGAGACGCGUGAGGAGACGCGUGAGGAGACGCGUGAGGAGACGCGUGAGGAGACGCGUGAGGAGACGCGUGAGGAGACGCGUGAGGAGACGCGUGAGGAGACGCGUGAGGAGACGCGUGAGGAGACGCGUGAGGAGACGCGUGAGGAGACGCGUGAGGAGACGCGUGAGGAGACGCGUGAGGAGACGCGUGAGGAGACGCGUGAGGAGACGCGUGAGGAGACGCGUGAGGAGACGCGUGAGGAGACGCGUGAGGAGACGCGUGAGGAGACGCGUGAGGAGACGCGUGAGGAGACGCGUGAGGAGACGCGUGAGGAGACGCGUGAGGAGACGCGUGAGGAGACGCGUGAGGAGACGCGUGAGGAGACGCGUGAGGAGACGCGUGAGGAGACGCGUGAGGAGACGCGUGAGGAGACGCGUGAGGAGACGCGUGAGGAGACGCGUGAGGAGACGCGUGAGGAGACGCGUGAGGAGACGCGUGAGGAGACGCGUGAGGAGACGCGUGAGGAGACGCGUGAGGAGACGCGUGAGGAGACGCGUGAGGAGACGCGUGAGGAGACGCGUGAGGAGACGCGUGAAACAGUGGAGGAACGGCAUGGGAAGGGAAAAGAGUCACAGGGGUUCGGUAGCGAGGGGAUGGACGCCAAAGGUUGCAUGCUUGCAGCAGCACACACAGGAGAGGGCAGGAAGGACGAGGUGGAUCUGUUUCCUCCCGAGGCAGCAGCAGGUGCAGUGGGUACGGCUGGGGGGACGGCUGGGGGGACGGCUGGGGGGACAGCGGCAGCAAAUGAAGUAGCAGCACGCACAACGGAAGGCAGGGAGGAGGUUGACUUGUUUCCUCCAGAGGCAGCAGCAGGUGCAGUGGGGACGGAUGGGGGGACGGCUGCAGCAGAUGAAGUAGCAGCACACGCAGGGGAAGGUAGGGGGGAGGUGGACUUGUUUCCUCCCGAGGCCGACUGGUUGCCUGCUGACGGCCUUGCUGCCGCUCCAAUGGAGGAGCUGUGCUCUCAGCAUGCGCUGCAGCCAUACACGCCCUCCACGGCUCCUCCAAUGGAGGGGCUGCGCUCGCAGCAUGCGCUGCAGCCAUACACGCCCGUUCGCCUGCUGGCUGCUGAAGCGAUUCUUUGCCAGAAGGCGCUUCCCCUGGGUAAGACCUCCUCUCCCUGCGCCUCCCUCUCCUCAGCACGCACUCUGCAGCUCGACACGCCCGCUUCCCCUGGUUCCCUUGCUACUGCUUCUCUUGCCCCUGCUGCUGCUGCUGCUGCCUCUGCUGCCGCUGCUGCACCCACCCCUCCAAUACCCCGUCCCCCCUCCCACACUCGCUCUCGCCUCGCCACUCGCCCCACCACUAGACUCAGCAACCUGCUUGCUGCCACUGCCACCACGCCUAUCCCCCUUCCUGCUGCUGCCACCACUCCUACCGCUGUGGCUGCUGCUGCUGCUGCAACGCCAAACCAACUUGCUGCUAAUGACACAUCCCCGCCCUCUGCUGCUGCCCCGCCAGUAAGCAGUAUGCAGCAACUGCCUCACCCACGCUCGGGGGAAGCAGGGGGAGCAGGUGCAGCAGGAGCAGCAGGGGGGGCAGGAGGAGAAGGGGGGGCAGGGGGGGCAGGGGGAGCAGGGGGAGGAGGGGUAGCAGGGGUGGCAGGGACCCGAGUGAGUGUGAGGCUGCAAAAGAAGAUGCUGGCUCUGGCUGCUAUAGAUGCCCCUGCACCCGCACCUGCACCUGCUGCUGCUGCUGCUGCUGCUGCUUUGCCCGUCCCUGUCCGUGCCCCGCUUGCCACUACUGUUGGUCCUCCUGCUGCUACUGCUGCUCCUCUUCCUGCUGCUGCUGCUACUGCUGCUCCUCCUGCUGCUAUUGCUGCCACUACUGCUGCUCCUCCUGCUACUCCUUCUGCUGCCACUGCUCCUCCUCCUGCCAGUAUUGCUGCUCCUCCUGCUGCUUCCCCAGCUGCUACUGCUGCCCCUCUUGCUGCUUCUCCUGCUGCUAUUGCUACUACUGCUGCUCCUCCUGCUGCUACCCCUGCCAAUACCCAUCAGCAGGGAGCGGCAGCAGCGCUCACCCCAUUGCAGUCUCCUCAUCCGCAGCCGUCCUCAUUCAACCCAGCUUCACUCAAUGCUUCUGCACCAGUCAAACCCGCUCUUUCUGCUACCAGCCCAGCCAAUGCGUAUCAGCAGCAAGCAGCAGCAGCACUCUCCCCAUUGCAAUCCCAUCAGCAGCCCUCCAGGUUCAACUCAGCACUCCCCACAUCUCAGCCUCGCACAACCACUCCUCCACUCCAUGUGCUUGCGCCAUUCAACCCUGCACCAGUCAACCCUGCACCAGUCAACCCUGCACCAGUCAACCCUGCACCAGUCAACCCUGCACCAGUCAACCCUGCACCAGUCAACCCUGCACCAGUCAACCCUGCACCAGUCAACCCUGCACCAGUCAACCCUGCGCCAUUCAACCCUGCGCCAUUCAACCCUGCACCAGUCAACCCUGCGCCAGUCAACCCUGCACCAGUCAACCCUGCACCAGUCAACCCUGCACCAGUCAACCCUGCACCAGUCAACCCUGCACCAGUCAACCCUGCACCAUUCCGCCCCCUCUCCCGCAUCACCAAUCCUCCCUCGCCUUCUUCCCUCGUCCCUCUCAGCCCUCCUCCCUCCUCGCGUCUGCGCCUCCUCUUUCCCUCUCAUCCUCUUUCUCUCCCACCACCACUAACUGUGCCUCUCAUCCCCCUCCCGCCUCCAUACACCAGCCUCUCUCAUCUCAGACUCCGCACCUCCGCUCACUCCUUCUCCAAGCACCUGUACCUGCUUCCACCGCUCCCAACACCACUCACAGAACCACCACUGCUCCCACCCAACAGCAACAGCCGCAGCAGCCGAGCCUCCCAGCCACCGUCACUGCUCAGCCCCUCAACAAACCCCGCCGUCUCUGCCUCACCUGCUCCUCCUGCUGCAAUAUCCCCCAUCACCAGUCCGAGUACCACUCGCAGCGCCAUCUCUAGCACCGCCUCUACUCCCACCCAACAGCAGCAGCAGCAGCAGCAGCAGCAGCAGCAGCUGGGCCUGUCCCAACCUCAAGGUCUCUCUGUCUCCGCUUCACCCCAUGCCCGCCUCUCUGCUCUGCGGCCCCAAGUAAGUUCAGUGUCUGCCGCCUCUCAUUCCAUACCGGCAGCAGGGCAAGGUGCUUUUCAGAACUCUCAUGGUCUCCCUGCCAUGCCUGCAGCCCCGCCUUUCAGGUCAACUGCAUUUAAGGCGCCUCAAGUAAAUGCAGCAUCUGCUGCCCCUGCUUACAGCCCGGCAGUAGGGCAGGGUGCUUUUCAGAACUCUCAUAGUAGUCACCCAGCCAUGCCUGCAGCCCAGACUUUCAGGUCAACUGCACCGCACCUGAAAGGCUCAGGUGCUGCCCUGCCCCUUAACUUGCCCCUUCACCUGCCCCUUCACCUGCCCUUUCCUCUGCAUUCAACCGUGCUGCCAGGGUCACGCAUUCCCAGCCGCUCCCUUCAGUCUCAGUUCCCCAGGUGUUGCCCACACAAUCAAUCCCCCCACUACUCGCACCAUCUCCUGCAGCGGACACAUUCGGUGGCGGUGGUUUCUGUGAGUCACGUCACGAAGCUUCAGCAGAAGCAGAGGCGGCGAGGGGGUUCUCACUCUCACUCACUGGAUAUGCUGCUGCUGCCGCUCCUGCACUGCCCGCUGUAG